AUGCUACAGCUUUUUCCCCUGUUACUACAACUUGUACGAACAUAUGGCCAACGUUUCUUCCUCAAGUUCGGACUACAUUGCGCAACUCAUCAAAUUCGCAUAAUCCUUGUCUCUUGUGUUGUCAUCACCUCUCUUUUCUAUCCAGCACUCGCUCUAUACUCCUCCCAAACGAAAUCAAUCUCCAUCUUUGACGCUCUUAUAUCACCAAAUAUCAGCGUUCAUGCCCAGCAGGAUCUUUCAGAUCUUUGGUCUGGUCACGACUCUCUACGUUCACUGGAGGACGCAGUGUCUCGCGCACGAUGUGGUGUAGGCCGUACAGUCAGAGUUGAACGGUUGUUAGUUCAGAGCUCAUUUUCCGGAGACAACAGCGCUCUUAAUCAAGGAAUCCUUCUCUCCACUCUCAAUUUCGAGCACAAGCUCGAAGAGCUCUUACAAUCAUCGCGUCAAUUGAAUUGCUUGCAGAAGGCUGACGGCAAAUGCUUUGCUCUAUCUCCCUUGGAGUUCUGGGCACACGACAGAGAUAUGUUACUGACAGACUCCAACAUUUUGGACAAGCUUGGUCCCUCCAAGAGCGUUGUCAUUGAUGGAAUAACUGUUACUCCGGACAUGGUCCUCGCAGGUCGAUCCGACGAACCCACAUUCGAUUUUGCUAACUACCUUGCAUUGACUUAUUUCUUCCCCCAAUCCGGAUGUUUCAGUACCUCUGAACACUCAGCAUGGCUGCAGGCAGUCAAAGCUGCUGCGGGUCAAGAAGCAGAAUCGGUGACUUUAGCCCAAGAGCCAUCUAUAAUUGCACUCGAGCUCGGUACAUACAACGGCAGAUCCGCCAUUUCAGUGUUCCUGUAUCUGUCGUACGCUAGCUUCUUUGCAUAUGUCUUCUGGUCCAUGCGACAGAUGAACAGUGUACAUUCGCGGGUCGGUAUCGUAUUCACCGCGAUGGUGGAGAUUGCCGUGAGUACAAUCACCAGUCUCAGUGUUUGCGCUCUUGUAGGCUUUAAGGUUACAAUGGUGCCAUGGGAACUUUUACCCAUCGUUAUUGUCUUUGUUGGCGCAGAAAACAUGUUCAAUCUAGUAGAUGUUGUCGGUCGAACUUCUGUCACUCUCACCGUCAAGCAACGUAUCGCCGAGGGUCUGAGUCGUGCGGGCACUUCAAAUACCCUUAAAGUAGUAUCUUACAACGCGAUCCUCGGAGUCAUUGCGGUAUUCUCGAUAGGAUCUAUUCGCCAGUUCUGCGUGUUCGCUAUCGUGGUACUGGUCGCACAUUGGUUUCUGGCUCACACGUUCUUUUUGGCGGUUCUAUCUAUAGAUAUGCAACGCCUUGAGCUCGAGGAACUACUUCGCCAAGAUUCUGGAUCAGUUCCUCUCGCUUCGUCUGCACCAGAGAAUGUACCACCAGUCAAAUCGAAAUCGACUUGGCGGUAUCUAAGUAUAACCGCUCGCAAGUUACUGAGCGGGCGUGCUACAAAGAACCUUAGCCUCGUGCUUCUUCUGGCAAUAACUGCUACGCUUUACUAUGCCACUAUGCCGCCAAGCUCCGCCUCAGAUGCGUUGAUAAACUCUCCAGCAGCGCCUCGUGGCGCAUUGUUCAGAAAUUCGGACAAAACUUCGCACAUUGAGGAUCUGAGCUCAGAUGUACGAAUCUGGAAACUGCUGAAUCCCAAUGAUGCAGCGUUGCAUCUUCGAAUCGAGCCGCCCACUUUCGUCACUUUCCGUCCCAACACUGGCAACCACCACUCGAAUAGUGCUGGUGAGCACAAAAGUCCUCGAUCUCUGGCUCGCACUCUUCGUUCCAUAUUCUGGCUUUUGAAGAUCAUGGUCCUCCCAAUUGCGGCUACUACAUUUCUACUCUGGCUACUAUGUUUGUACCUUCUCAAAGAUGCAGAGCUAUUGGACGCACAGCAAAACCGUGCAGAGGCACAACCGUCUCCGUCGAAUGAAGAUUCUACCACAUUGGAACAGCAUGUGUCCUUUUCAACACUUCCUCGCGCGUUUUCUAGCGACGUAGAAUUUAUCGCAUCCAGCUCAGAUGGUCGUGUCGCGGUUUCUGUUGGAUUACAUAACGAAGUGGUCAUUUGGCGAACAGAUUCGUCGCGGUACUUUUCUAUCGACACUUCCGACAUUAUUCUGCAAUCACCCGCUUCGUCCUCUUUCCAGUCCACGUUGACGACCGUCGCUAUGAAUGAUAACGGAGACUACUGUGCUGUAGGUACAGGAGCCGGAGUUAUUGCCGUGUGGGACAUUCGAAAUGACGCCAUACGUCCGUUGUCUCAUCUAUCCCUUCCUGAUUCUUUCGCUGGGGUAGUUGAGAUGUGGUUUGUACCCAAUACAGCAAGACUUGGAAGAAAUUCGCCUACUUCGAAUCCGACUUCCCCGGUUCUUGCCCCAUCACUGCCAUUACAAUCAAUCCAACUUGUGGCAACUUUCGAGAACGGCGCAGUUGCGAAAUAUGCUGUUCAGGAUCUAUCCGGAUUGACAUAUUUUCAACCUUCCCACUCGGAUUCUGUGGUUCGUUCAAAACUGGUCCGUGUUAAGCCUGAAAAUAAACUAAUAGUCGCAUUUUGCUUGCAUGACGGAUCUCUCGAGCUAUUUGACAUUGGUGAUGCCGAUCCUCUUGUUCAGGAUGAUUUCUGCAUUCAAGCUGGUAAUCCCCUUGAUACUGUCUCGACUGUCGAUAUUUGUUGUGCCCUCAUGGCUGGUGAAAAACGCGUUAUUGUAGCGGCUGCUACGGAAGCCGGUGUCAUUUCUUUGUGGGACGGACAAACGGGAGACUGCAUUCGUGUGCUAGAAGAGGCGUACGGGCACAUCUCCCAGCUACGCGUUUCGCCCGUGCUAGGCGGAACUUGUCGCACUUGCGGACAACUACCAUUAGACACUUUCCUGCUCAGCUUUUCUGUGGAUCACGUCGUGAGGUUUUACAAGCAGUCUGUCACGGACAGCACGCGCAAAUGUACAUGUGCUUCUGCUACACUCCGCAGAAAGAUUUCAUUAGAUAAACAGCUCAGGCAGCGCUCCCGCAGCAGUAGCAUUUCCUCUUCUGUUUCCACUUCCCCGAUGGUAUCCGCAAUCAGGCAGACCUCAAACUCUGAGGUGUCCCCUUUCCCAGUUUCUGGACACGGUGUUCAUUCAAGACGGGCUUCCGAGAAGGAAUCUGCGCGACGUAAUUCUGAGUUAUAUUCUUUUCAACUUGAUAACGAAGACGGGGAAUCACAGAAAACAACAGGUCCGUCUGAGGUCUCCCGCUUUCCUUCUCUCUUGUGGCAGGACGCGUAUACUGUCUACGUUGGCGAUACAACAUGUGAUAGAGGGGGUUGGGAUGUUCACAAUGGGAAAAUAGUGGGCAUUCGGCGUAAGCCAAGGGGAGCAUUUCCAAGCAAAAUCACACAUACCUCCAAUGCUAUCAAAAUUUUUGCUGCUCAGGGAUUGUCAAUCACAACCUUAGACCGUUGGGAAAUGUGGUUUUUUGAUCCAUGUGCGACUCUCCUCCAAAGUCGUUCGCUCUCGUCUAUACUACUAAACAACAACAUGGAGGUACUGGAUAUGUCACAUUCGCUUCCAGAAUUACCUUCUCGUUGUUCUAUCCCUCGUUUACCAUUUACUCGGGUAACACCCUUCGUCGUUACUCACUCUCGUACCCUCGCUGGGUUCGGAAACACACUUGGGGUUUUUGAAUUUUUGAAGCUAUGA